UUACCUACAGCUACGUACCAACAUAUAAUAUACUCGUAUUAUUAUGCGAACGUUACAUAUCCGUAUGAAACCGAUGAUGUAUUUCUGUCACUUGUACGGUAUGGGAUUUUGUCGUGACAAUUUUCGAAUAUUUGAUUUUCUAUUGAUAUUUAUUAACGUUUCUGUUAGUAUUCACGUAUACUAUGUAUUGUUUGUGUAUGUCCAAACGCAUCUAUCGUCAAUGUUCAGCCUGUCUACAAUAACAUCCGUUGUUCGACUGCAUAUCCGUUUUUUAGCCCAUCCGCUAAUGAUCGUAUUUUUGAGUGUCAAAAAGACGACUAUUUUGAACUACAUUAGCGACUUCGAUAGUCUCGUUAUCAGAAUCAAUAAAGUUUCACUAACGCCGUACGCGAUACAUUUCUUCAGUUGGCUAAUAACUACUCUGCUCGCAGAAUUAAUACAGGUUAUGGCGUUCCACUAUCGCACAGAUUUACAAUUUUUUGCGAUAUGGUCUUUUGUUCGGUUCGUCAUCUCUAACGUUUGGAUAGUCACACCGGUUUUGAUUUAUAUUUUUCUCAUCUCUUUGGUCUCCAACGGUAUACAAGAAAUCAACAACGACAUAACUUCGAUAAGAGCGUGGAGAACACACAGUCUCAAAUGGAAAGAGCUGCAAUGCAUGUCAAUAGUUCUAACAAACUCCGUGUUUGGAAAUAUUAUCAUUAUAUUUAUUAUUUACACCAUCAUGGACUUAACCUUUUUCUUUUAUGCGACGUAUUUAAGUUGGAUAAAUAAUUACCCUAUCGAAAUGGUUGGAUACAUCAUAAUGUUGCUUGUUCGAGCCGGCUUGAUGUUUCAUCUUUUCCGAACAACCCAAAGUUGCAAGUUAGAACAACAGAUGAAAAAGACACAAAUGCUUUUGAAUGGUAUUGAUAAGACUACAGUUUUCGAUUACAAAGAAUUUCAGUUCACCUCUUUGUAUAUGUUGCAUACUGAUUUCAGUUUCACGCCAUGUAAUAUUUUUGAUAUAACGUACAGAAAUUUAAUAACUAUAUUUACCAUAAUUGCAGCUUAUUCAAUUUUUCAAAUUCAAUUGAAUCCAGGUUUAUAAUAUUAUAUUUUUUAAACUCCAAUUAUCAUGUUAACAAAACUAUAAUGAGAUCAUCAUUUACCAUUAUUUUUAUAUGUUUUCUAUUGAAAUUCUUUUUCUGUUUACUUCUUCUCAAAGGUAAUAAACUCAAUGUGCAUGUAUACUUGAUAGUAGACCGAUUCCCCCGUUUUAUUUUGUGUAUAAAAUUUAUGAUUUUAAUUUUAAAAACUAGAAAUUUGAAUACAAUUCAUAUUUCACAUUAUAUUAAUAC